GUGGUUGACUUGACAACAAACUGCGGAUCCAUUCAUUAAUCAUUGUGGGUAACUAACUUUUUUAUACCUAUCAAAUAAUUGAAUAGAACAAGUUAUUAGGUGAUUAAUAUUCAGAUUGAGUUUCUUAUCAGAUCAAUAUUGGGCUUCCAAGCUGAAGAAACUUUGAUGAGAGGAGGUUGGACGCAAUGGAUGUCUUACCCCCCGUGUCUUCCAAUCCCCUGGCAAAUGACCCAACUCCAAACAUGCACAUAUCACUGCCAGGGGAUGCAGAAAAUAGAGAUGGUGCACAGAAUGACAGUUACCAGAAUGUGGUAGAGGAGGAGAGAGAGGAGAGGGGAGGCUCCGGAUUCCAGCUUGGAGACAUCCUGUUGUCUGGGAGGAGCCAGAGUGGACCAGGAGGAGAAGGGGAUGGAGUGGCGGUGCUGUCUGACUGGCAUGCAUUCCGAGGGAGGGGUAUUGAGAGUGAUAGUACCAUGGAGUUUAACAGACAAGUGGAUCAUUUCAAUAUCUGGCUGGACAAGUGGAACCACAACCAGCGGUGUCAGAUACUAGAAGGCAUUUUACAGCGCAGCAAUUACACCCAAUAUAACUUCUUAUGGACCACCCUACAACCAGCCCUUCACAGGGACUUCAUGUACACGGCCAGACAACAUUACCCUGAGUAUGACUUUGAGCCUAUUAGCAGUCAUACGAGCAGGGAGACCAGGGCUAAGAGAGCAGUCAGGAACUAUUAUCAUGCUCACAGUGCACAUUUACAAAGAAAAACCGAUGUGAAGAGAUUGAACACCCAGCACAUCCUUCCUGUUAUCAAGUCUGCGCCUUCGGAAGUUCCUAAGGAAGUUUCAUUUAAGUCUGGCUGGGACAGACUAAGACCAACCAACAGCAUGCCUCUAGUAAAGCUGCCCACGGUCACUCAUUCUAAAACCUUUGACCAUCCUCUUAGUAAAUCAGCACCAAAUUCCCCAAUGAGGGAUGAUCAACCAAUCAGGAGACAUAUGCAGGACCAUGACGGCCAUUCCAUUCCAAAGAAAAGGGUUACAAGAAACGAGCGGAAACGGAGGGGCUAUAAUCCUGUUGAUGACAAGAAUGUUCCGUUGUUGACCAAAGCAUUGACCGAUGUCCAGUUGACUUGGAAUAGGCCGACCAUGUCUGGUAAAGGGGUUGAUAGGUUACCUCCCAUUGUACCUGUCCCUGUGGAAUCCUGGCAACUCUUUCAUUGGUAUCAAGAAUGCUGGAAUGACGUCCAGAGGAAUGAGUUCCUUCACAAACUCUUGAAGAAGUUGGAUCAACGGCAGUUGUAUUUUUUAUCUACUCACUCUGCACUGAAACAAUCACGAGAUUUUGUCUCCCUGCUCCCCUUACCGCUGGCGCUAAGGAUCCUGGGAUACCUGACACCAAGAUGGCUGCUAGUGGCAGCCAAGGUCUGUAAGACAUGGAACCGUCGGGCUAGUCAUGAUCAAAUAUGGAAGGAGAAGUGUUCUAGGGUUGCAAUAGAAAUCCCACUGCCAGAGACACCAUUCCAGUGGAAGAAGAUCUACAGAGAUAAUGUGUUUCUAAGAUGGAACUGGGAUGAAGGCAAAACUAAAUCUGUAGAUGUCAGAGGUCAUUCUUCAAAAGUGCAUUGUGUGACGUUUGAUGGAGAGCAUCGUAUUGCCAGUGGGAGUGCGGAUAAGACCGUCAAGCUUUGGGAUAUUAGAACCGGUGCUUGCAUCCAAACACUCAAAGGACAUCAGAAGGGUGUGUGGUGUCUUAAUUUCUUCACUGAGCAUCUUCUCAUCAGUGCAUCCUACGAUGCAACCAUUAAGGUCUGGAACCUUAGGAAGGGGGUGUGUGCUCGCACCCUUCUAGGUCACGAAGGAGCGGUCUGGGCCAUGGCUUUGAAGAAGAAUUACCUAGCAACCGCAUCCCAGGAUAGAACGGUCAAAUUAUGGGAUCUUAGCACAUGUGUGUUGAAACACACCAUGAUGGGUCAUGGACAAGCAGUGUUCUGUGUUGAUAUGGAUGAAGAAUGUACCAUGGUGAUAUCAGGGUCAGCGGAUAAGAGUGUAAGAAUCUGGAGCGUUGAGACAGGCCGUCAUACGAGGGUGAUCCGUAUCAGCCAGACGACAUCCGUCAUGGCCCUCAGCUAUCAUGACGGAUACUUUGCCUGCUCAGUAGGAGAGGUUGUAUCUCUAUGGCGGCUGGAUACUGCCACAUGCAUUAAGACGUUUGAGGAACACGAGAAAAGAGUUGAGACUUUAAACCUUCGAAUCAGUAAGACCACCUACCCUGAUACACCUCAAGGUUUACUGGUCAGUGCUGGUCAAGAUGGGAUCGUCAAGUACUGGGAUCUAGAAAAGGAUAGUAGCUGGCAUUCAAUGAAGUCGAGGAAAGGCAGCCACAUCAGUAACAUCUUCUGUGAUAAGACCAAGAUCAUUGCAGCAUGCUCUGACUACAGGAUCAGAAUAUGGAACUUCCACUCCAGAUAGGUCCAAGGUCGUGAGUGUAGAGGCCCAGUCACACUGAACCUGGUCUGAGUCACUGGCCUGUAUUCUGAAGUGUAGUUUAACUUAGACCAUAGUCUAGCUCUGCGCUAAAAUUAUGGGAAGCCGAAAGUGGACAAAAUUGUUAAAAUUGUACACUUCUAAUAUUUAUUAUUCUGUUUCAGAGCUUCGAUGGUGAGUAAACCUAUUUAUCUAUCAUUCCAAAACUGUUAUGAUGAAGCGAGCUAUAAACGUGCAGUCAAAUUGAAUGUUUCAUGUUUGAGAUUUCUAACUCGAUUGGCUUUCCAUGGUUAAACCACCUUACUUUAGACCAGAGUUUUGAUUAAACAUGAGUUCAGAAUACGGGCUACUGUGUCCAAAACCAUAUCAAAUCACCUGAAGUGUGAUCCCCAUGUUUCUGUUUCAGUUACUGAGUUGGUUACCAAGACAUUUUGUAUUUGCUUUGUCUACCAGCAGAUUGUCUAAUUCCCAGAUCAUGUGUUAUACCAUCUUCAUGUAAGUCACUUGGUCUACUGUAAAUUUGGUAUGAUUACUGUUUGGUCCAAAUAUUAAUUUGACAGGUGUAAUAUUUACUUCACCUAACAGUCACAUACUAUGAUGCCUAGAUGGUAUAAUUUCCACUCCAUCUACUUAUUAUUUUGCAAUUCGUCAUAUGAAUAUUUGGUUUCAUAAACAGUUUAAUUAAUCAUAUAGAUGAAGUGGUGUUAGACCGAGUGGAUAUUAGACUGAAUAAGUAUUAGCCUAACUGGAAAUUAGACAAAAUGGUAUUAAAGCAGACGAACUAGUUGUAGAUGAACUAGUAUUAGACCAUGUGGGAUGAGACCAAAUGGAGAGUAGACAAACUGGGAUUAGACUAGGUAGUACUAAGAAUUUGCCAACAACUGAAGACGGGCAUUUUUUAGGUUGAACAGUCUGGAAUAGUUAUAUCCAUGAUUUUCAUGCACUUUCCGGGACAGGCUCGUGCAUUGAUCCAGAAUGAGUUCGGUGUGCAAGCUAAGGUCUUUAAAGGUAAUUUCUAUUAUAUGCAUCCGUCCACAAACUAAAUGUUUGAUAUCGUCAAUGUAUGUGGUUUAAAUGUAAAAAAAAGAGACAGUGCAAUGUAUUGCAAAUUAUUGUAUGAUUUUAAAUUUAUAUAUUUUCAUAGAUUAAGAGAGCAGUGGUUUGAUGUUUUUCAAUAUAAAUUAUUUGUAUAGUAUCAUGUUUACAAAAAAUUGAUACUUUGUAGAAUUGACUUCCAUAAUAGCAUAGGCUUCUACCUAAAUAAUGCAGUCUUUACUUCCAUAUUGUUAGCAUAUUCUUACUAAAUUAUAGAUACAGCUUCCAUCAUGGUAUAUUUUCUAAUCUAAUUUUAUUGAUGACUUUUAAUAUUACAUGUAUUGUUGGUAUAUCCUUCUCUUCCAUUCUAUAAAGAACAUGAUAUUGUCUAGAUCUUUAUGCAAGUUUUUCAGUAAUCGUCAUGAGGUACCUUAACAAAAGUCAGAGCCGUGUCUUUUGAGCGUAAAUCCUGCAAGCAGCCUUUCAUGACCAAUUCUUACACUUCAUUAUGUAGACCAAACAAUGGGGGAAUGUGGGAAAGUCGCCACGAAGAGAUGCAUGGUGCCAGUAUAGUGGGAUUCUUGUUAAAAGACGCGGCACAGACAAGGUGAAAUUUAGUGAUGGUUCCAGUUUUCGCUUUUGUGUAUUGAACAUCUUGAAAGUUUUCAUUUUUGUAUGCAGGUAACUCUGCCUAGGUCAAACCUUUUGGGAAUACAGAAAUCUAUUCGACUUAGAAGGGGUAUAUCACACAAGCAACAGAGACCUGACUAUUACUGCAAAAUUUUGCUGUAAUAGUCAGGUCCCUGUUGCAUAAAAGUUAUUAUUAUAGUAACUUUACCACCAGCUUUACCAUGCAAUGGUAAUUACCAUGUUAACAGUGCUCAUCAGCCAAUCAGAAUCAAUGGUUUCAGGGAAGAUACCAUUCUGUGGCAAAGUUACCAUAAUAGUCACUUUUAUGCAACGAGGCCCUGGUCUCAAAAAUUGCAUCGACUUGGGCGAAUAUUCGAUUUGUGGAGGUUGACUUAUAAAUGCAAACAUACAUGUACCUCUAUUGCCAGCAUUGCAUUUGCAAACACAACUGGAAUCCUAAAAAUAGAAGGUGUGCACAUGUUGAAUUUGUCAAGAAUCACACAAAUAUCUGUAUGCCAAAAUGUUAGCAUGUAGAGUGUGUCUCUAAAGACCCCAGUAUUGCUGCAAUAUUGCUUUGUAACUAUUGUUGAAAUUGCUAUUUAUUGUAAUUGUGAUAAUCUAUAUCAUACAUUAAUAUAUAUUUGUGUAUAUUAGUUUUAUUUGGCGUCAAAUACAUAUAUAAAGCUUGUCAUUUAUUGAAUGCAAAUGUGAUAGACAAACAAAUUUUCUUCCAGAUAUAUCCAGCUUUAAAUAUUAUCAAAUGAUCAUUUUCACUUUUUACAUAAAUAUAGGAACAACCAUGUGUUCUGUAGUGUGUGGAUAGGUUUGCAUUUAGUUUUCCAGUGUUUAUAUUACAACAUAUGAACCAAAUAUAUUUAUAGACCUUGUUUAGUACAUGUUUAUCUAGAGUAAUAUGAGUAAUCCAUUCCAGAAUGUAUAUUGUGAAGAAUAGCUAAUGAAAUAUUGAAUUAUGCAGUGCCGUAUUCAAUAUGUCAUUUUUGCAUUUAGUCAAGUGAUAUAAACUUCACUUUACUGACAGAGACGAGUGAUAAGAUAUUCACAUCGACCUAUUUUUUUUUUUUUUUUGAGGAAUAUUUUUUAAACUGAUUUCUAAGUAAAACUUGACUUGAAGAACCAUUUAAAUGUGGAAAGCCAGUAAUCUUCUUUUAAAACAUCUACAUGUCGAUGGUUGUAGAAACAUAUUCUAUCUGUUAAAACCUGUUGGUACUGUAAAGGAUAUAUCUUGCCAUGUUUAACAUCAUUCACUUAAAAUGCAGUAAAUUUUUCUUUUAUAUGUAUAAAAGCAAAAACUAUUGUCUUGCCAUACUUGGCACUGUAUUCUCUAGUUGUCUGAAAAUUAAUUUGUACAACUUUACAAACUGCCUUUGAAACACACAGGCAAAUGUAGAUUAAAGAUUUCCAAAGGCACAUGUUUGCUAUAAACAAUGUGAAAAGAGUAAAGGUGUUGGAGGGGUAUUAGGUAGAAGUACAACUUGAUAAUCAUGAUUAAAACAUUUCCAUGAUCAUCAGAAAGAAAGUAAAUUAUAGGGUUUUUGUCUCACCUGCAUAGCAGAGUGAGACUAUAGGCGCCGCUUUUCCGACGGCGACGGCGGCGUCAACACCAAAUCUUAACCUGAGGUUAAGUUUUUGAAAUGACAGCAUAACUUAGAAAGUAUAUGGACCUAGUUCAUGAAACUUGGCCAUAAGGUUAAUCAAGUAUUACUGAACAUCCUGCCUGAGUUUCAUGUCACAUGACCAAGGUCAAAGGUCAUUUAGGGUCAAUGAACUUAGACCAUGUUGGGGGAAUCAACAUCAAAAUCUUAACCUAAGGUUAAGUUUUUGAAAUGUCAUCAUAACUUAGAAAAUAUAUGGACCUAGUUCAUGAAACUUAUACAUAAGGUUAAUCAAGUAUCACUGAACAUCCUGCAUGAGUUUCACGUCACAUGACCAAGGUCAAAGGUCAUUUAGGGUCAAUGAACUUUGGCCGAAUUGGGGGUAUCUGUUGAAUUACCAUCAUAACUUUGAAAGUUUAUGGAUCUGAUUCAUGAAACUUGGACAUAAUAGUAAUCAAGUAUUACUGAACAUCCUGUGCAAGUUUCAGGUCACAUGAUCAAGGUCAAAGGUCAUUUAGGGUCAAUGAACUUUGGCCAAAUUGGGGUAUUUGUUGAAUUACAGCCAUAAAUUUGAAAGUGUGUUGGUCUAGUUCAUAAAACUUGGACAUAAGAGUAAUCAAGUAUCACUGAACAUCCUGUGCGAGUUUCAGGUCACAUGAUCAAGGUCAAAGGUCAUGUAAGGUCAAAGAACUUUGGCCACGUUGGGGGUAUUUGUUGAAUUGCCAUCAUACAUGUAUCUCUAUAAGUGUAUUGGUCUAGUUCAUAAAACGUGGAAAUAAGAGUAACCAAGUAUCACUGAACAUCUUGUGCGAGUUAUAGUAGUUUUCAAAAUCAGCACUGCUGCUAUAUUGAAUCGUGUGAUGCAGGUGAGACGGCCAGAGGCAUUCCACUUGUUAUAAUUUUACUCCUCUUAAAUAUGUUUGUGUGAUUUUUUAAAGUAAUAUACAUGGUAUGAUAUCAAGAUUACCUCUGUGAAGGCCAUGUCACAUAUUGUGUAAUGAUUUCUGAGAAGUAAUGCAUUUUCCUGAUAUCCAAUGUGAUAUUAUCAAUAUUGUUAGACUGACGGUAUGAUUUGCUUGCAGGUAACAGGCCUUCCAAUUUACAAAGAAUUAUAUUUGUAUAUAUCAUCAUGUAUCCCUGUAAAUAUUGUCAAUUUGAAAAUAUUAUUGUAUAUACAUGUAUAUCACAUGGACGUAUUGAGAAAAUAAAUGUGAACUGCAACAUA